GAUAAGGGAAACAUAUGCAAAACCUCUCAGCAAACCAAACCAGCAUACCCAUUUCCCGAACUCAAAGAUGCUGCAAUUCAUCAUCUAUGGCUUCCUUCUCCUCUGCUUCCUAAUCCACCUGAUAAAACUAUCCCGUCGUCGAAAUCCCACCACCGAGCACACAAAAAAGCUACUACCCCCUUCCCCUCCCACGCUCCCGGUCCUCGGGAACCUCCACCAGCUCGGUUUAUACGCUCACCGCUCCCUCCAGCUCCUCGCUCGCCGCCAUGGCCCCCUAAUGCACCUCCAAUUCGGCCAGGUACCAGUCCUAGUCGCCUCCUCCGCCGCCGCGGCCAGAGAGAUCAUGAAGACCAACGAUCUCAUCUUCUCAGGCAGGGUGGCAUCCCCAGUCGCCGCCAAGCUUCUCUACGAUUACGAGGACAUCGCCACGGCUCCCUACGGCGAGGGUUGGAGGCAGAGGAGGAGCAUUUGCGUUCUCCAUUUGCUCAGUAAUCGGAGGGUUCAGUCGUUUCAGAGAGUGAGAGAGGAAGAAACGGCAAUCCUGAUGAAGAAAAUGAAAGAGCAGCGGGUUGUGAAUUUGAGCGAGAGCUUUGCCACUCUGACGAACGAUAUCGUGAGCAGGGCGACUCUGGGGAGGAAGUACAGCGAACAGGGGAGCCAUGGGGGGCAGAAGAAGAAUUUCAACGAGCUGCUGUUGGAGUUCAUGGAGCUUUUGGGGAGUUUCAAUGUUGGCGACUUCAUCCCUUUGCUGAGUUGGAUCAAUAUAUUUACAGGCUUCAAUUCCAGAGUCGGUAUCAUUUCCAAGGAAUUCGAUGACUUUCUUGAGGGGGUAGUUGAUGAACAUGCCAGCAAGCUGGAAAACAGAGCAGAUAGGGAGACGGAGGAAGAAGAAGCAGAGGAUUUGGUGGAUAUAUUGCUGAAGCUCCAGAGAGAUAACGCGCUUGGAUUCCCCCUUACUCGAAAGAACGUCAAAGCCAUAGUCUUGAACAUGUUUGCUGCGGGGACGGAUACAAGCUACACAGUCUUAGAAUGGGCGAUGACGGAGCUGCUCCGGAACCCAAGAGUGAUGGAGCGAUUACAAGUCGAGGUGAGGCGAGUUGGGCAGGGGAGAGCAGAGAUCAAACAGAGCGAUCUGGACGAAAUGGUGUAUCUCAAGGCAGUGAUCAAAGAGACGCUGCGAAUGUAUCCACCGAUCCCACUCUUGGUUCCUCGAAAAUCUUCUCAGAGCGUGGAGAUCGAAGGCUACCACGUUCCUGCCGGAACGAUGACGAUAGUGAAUGCGUGGGCGAUCGGGAGGGAUCCGGGGAUUUGGGAACACCCAGAGGAGUUCAAGCCAGAGAGGUUUUUAAAUGAUGGUUGUAAGGUGGAUUUUCGGGGGCAGGAUUUCGAGCUGAUUCCGUUCGGUGCUGGAAGGAGAGGGUGUCCUGGGAUUUCGUUCGCCAUGGCGACGAAUGAAUUGGUGCUGGCGAAUGUGGUUUAUGGGUUUGAUUGGAGUUUGCCGGAAGGAAUGAGAGUGGAGGAACUGGACAUGGGUGAAUGUCCAGGGCUCACUAUUCAUAAGAAGGUUAAAUUGAUUGCUGUUUGUACGCCGCGUGAACUUCCAGCUUAGAUUGUAUUGUUUUUUGUUAUUUGGCUUCCUCGUUCUUAGAUAUAUAGUUUUGUAUUGUUAUUGGUUUUCGUUUGGUAGAUUUUUUGGUUUUAUUUUAUGCUUGGCUUGGCAUGGCAGAAGUUAUAUGGCAUGAGUCAUGACUCAUAAUUUACUUUUCUUGUUUUUGUCAGUAUCUAGAUAUUGUUAGGGCUGGAAGUUUGGUA